GAGGUUGAGACUAAGUUUCUCCAACAGCGGUAUGACGACCUCCCGCACCCCAUCAAGGUUCAGGGCAACAACCUGUCACCAUUUACCAUGCAAGUGAUCGUGCUACCCCGUGGGGACAAAAAAAUGGACAUUAUCAAGCACGUCAAGUUCGCGGAUGGGGCCAAAGUCACGCACACCACUAUCAGGUCCAUGGCUGUUGGCCGCGCACUCGAAAUUGACUAUCGAAAGAACUACAGGGACAAUAGCAAGGCCUUGCAGUAUCUUCUUGAGGGACUCGGUGGCUUUCAAAUUCGUUAUCAUAAGAUCGUGCCUGGCAACAACAGCGCCAAACUGAUCAGGGAGACGGAGGAUAUCCGUAAGGGCUUCCAGUACAUUCGCAAAAACGGACCGGAGGAUAACGCCAAGGGGGAUUUCACCACAUGGACCGAAGAGACGGUCAACGACCCCAACGCCAUCCUUUAUCGUUGGGACAAGGGCACCAUAAAGGAAUUCCUUCGGUGUCUGGCAGAUCAGGGAAGCCAAUCCAACACCAUCACAGACUGGCCUCUGACCCUGGUGGAUUUCAAGCCAUGGGCUUGCUCGAAUCCAUAUGAUCGAUCUGCUGAACCACCCAUGGCUACCAACGUCACAUCUGACCGGGUCGAUUUCGAGACCUUCUACAAGAUCGUGCGGCCAUCAUUCCACAAGGAUUUCAAUGAGGAAGACUUGAUUGCCGUGUUCAAGCGGUCAUCUAUGGUAGUCUUCGCCGACAUCGCUAUCUACUUCCGCCUUCCCAUCAAGCAUCACCGUUGGCCAGAAGAUGGUGAAAUUAUCCUCCUACAUGCACGGCAAACUGACCAACAAGGGUGA